AUGGAUACUGGGAUCCCACACCGCCGCCCCAAAGAUGGCCUCUACGCAAUCAGAAGUUUCCUGCUGCAUGAGGUGGAUGGUUUCCCAGGUUUGCGCAUGAUCAAGGUUGUUGUGGGUGAACAUCAUGAGCUCUCAGACUGGGCCCAGCUUCGAGAGCUUGGUUGGCAUCAGCAGAUCGUUGUCCGAAUCAUGCAUUUCGAUGGAGGGGACGUGGAUUGA